CAGUAACCAUCCCACUUUCCUGUUUUGACUUACCACGCUGUGUAGAGCAGUUCGAGAACGAAGAUGACUCUUACGGCAGUCUAGUCUCUGGGAGAGAAGAAUAGUUCCUCCAGUGCGGUGUCAUGUACACUUAUGCUGCAGGGAGGCCCUUUCUCCAAGGAGGCGCUUUCACAUAACAACGCUAAAACGCACAAUGGAGGAGAGACAAGAUUUCUCUCUUUGCGGUAAAGAGGCUGUGACUGUAGCUAAUCUGAGAGACGAGUACUAUUGGAAGCUUAUUGCAGACUUCAUUGGACCUCAAACGGCAGAAGGACUAGAGCUGGAAAAGGGACCAUGCAAGAACCGACUUUUGAUUCAAGUAGGACUUAUGAGAGAGGACAAUAACUUCCCAUGGAUUGCUAUUGUACACUGGCUGGCGAAAAUCUUCCCCGGUCAUCAAACGGCUGACUUUCGUCGUUUGAUUGAAAGAGGCAUCGCAGCGACGUUGAGUCUGGGCAGUGAGGCGAGCCUGACGUUCCUGGACUCCGAUGUCAACUUUAACUUCGUCGGCCCGAUAUGUGACAGCAUAGGAGUUGAACGGCAACUUCUUAUGGAAAUGAGGGAUUUUUCAGAGCAAGCGCAGUCAAUCGAAGUCACCAAUGGAUUGAUUCUCGAGUUGAGCAAUUUUGUCACCAGAGAGAAAAUCUCGCCAAUUAUUUUAGUCCCUUGGCUUCGAAACUUCAACCCGGAGUUCUGUGAGAGAGGAGACGUUCAAAAAGCGUUUAAAGUCCUUAAGACCAAGAUUAAAAAGUUAAAAACGCUCUACCGCAAUUCUGAAACGAGGAGUCACAGGAGGAACGCGGCGAUGGAAAACCUGCUCCAGAGCCCGUUUGAACUGGUGCGGAAAAAGCCGGCACGGUGUCUUGUGAAGAAACGCAAAAGAGAAGAAAUCCUACAUUACGAAAAGGUUACAAUCAAGGAGGAAUACGAGAGCUGUGAAAUCAUGCAAGACGAAGAGUCCGAGGCGAACACCGAAGACGUGACGAAAGCAUCACGGCGAGACGUUGACGCCAGGCGCGACGAGGAUUCCAGCGAAUCUGACCGUGGAGAAGACUCCUCCGAUGAAGAACUCGAGCCGCUGACCCUGCUGGACAUCGCCAUGGUGUCUGUCCAGAAGCUGUCCAGCAUGUACGGGGGGACGAAUGAAGCGUGCAAGCAAGUUUGCUUGGAUCUCCUCAAAAAUCAGUACGCUCUGACGUACAAGGAGCACCCGGCCAUGGCGGAGUUUGAGAAAACGCUCGCCGCGCUGGGCGGGGACGCGGCGCUCGUUUGUCCCGUGUUUUUUUUAAACCACAACGCCAAUUUUCUAGUUGAAAUGCACAACGCCGUGGAGCAGCAGAUCAUGGGCUUCGAGAAAGAGAUCAUCCUGUCGACGGGAGAAAAACUCGGCCGAGACAGGCUUCCGAAAUUCACCAGCUUUGUGAAUUUGCCCGAAAGUGCCACGUCGCGCUACGUCCACAUGGCCUGCGACGUCCUGAGCCCCAGCGUCCCCGGCAAGCAGAACUACAAGAAGCACUGGGUCGCCUUCUGUGAGGAGAAGAGGAAUCCCUCCAGGCUUUCAGUGAAUCGGUCCAACCAACUCACCAACUACUUCAGAGCCGCGGCGGGUCUCAUCCACCAUCACAAAGAGAUGGCGCUCUUCUUCUCCGAUUUGCUGUCGAUGAACAACGACGAGAACAUAAUUCUGGAGUGUGUGGCUGCUGACGCCAAUGACUCCGUGAUACAGAGCCUGGUGUGCGUCCUGGCCCUCGUUUACUGCAAAAUACUCGGCCCGUACUGGCAGCUCCUGAGAAGCGGCGCCGAGUACUCGCUCUUCAGCCAGUACAUGCUCUGUCUCUACCAGAGGUUUCUCGAUUGGUCCAAAGACCCCUCGACACUGCUGGGACCUGAAGAGGCCACAAACGUUUUUCUGCAGUUCCCGUUGGAGGAGAAAACCUUCGAAGGAGUGUUUCUCUUCUGCAGCCAGUGGCGCACCAACAGGGAACUGAUCAGGGCUUGCCUGAAGAGGACGGUGAAGGCGAUCGCUGCAGUCACCGAGGAACACCUCAAGGAUUUCCUGCCGGGGGGCCCGUUUUCUAACGUUCCAUCCCCAGAUGUGAGCGCGCAACUGGCGAGUUGCACGUUCUCCGUCUUGAUGGCGGAGUAUCCCUUCAACCAGACUCUCAAAAAGAAAAAACCCCGCAAGCGCCCCCCGAGCAAGCGCUCGGAAGCCUCCCCGGAAGACGACGGCAGCUCCGGUUCCUCCGGCAGCAGCUCCGAUGACUCCUCCCUUUGGCCGAGGAAAAGGAUUACCCGAGUUGUCCAUAAGGAAGCGCUGAGUCCGCAGAUGAAGAAAAAUGUUAAACUGGAAAAGACACCAAAGGUACGUGAAGCGCGCGAGGAGAUCAUGGAUAGGGACUACAUCAUCGCCAUGGUGGGCAGAAACGGGGGGCCGUGCAAGUCGCAGCAAGAUGUGGACAAAAUGAUGCUGCGCUUUGAAGGUAAAUCCAGAGCUGCAAAACGGGAAGCGGUGCGUUGUGAGAUCAUGUACCAGAAGAUUGUCCUGAACAACACGGACCGGAACUUGUACGAGACCUUCAGCAACGCCACUCAAAUGGUGAUCAAGCUGAAGCUGGCUCUUCCACGGGUCAAACCUGGGUACUCUCUCGUCCUGGCGCCCAAAAAGACGAAAACAAAGCCUGUGCGCCAACUUGCAGCCGAUCGGAGUGAAAACGGCGCCACAUGACAUUUUAACGCAAAAAAAAAAAAAGGAAAGACAAUACCCUUUCCACACAACUAUCAUGUGAUAUUA